AUGGUUGUCCAUCCAAGCUCUCCUCUUCCUCAACAGAAAGUCAUCCUCCUCUCUAACUUAGACAGAAAGUGCCCACAUCUCAUGUACUUGGUGUUCUUUUACGAAUCAUCUCCACCCCACAACAUGUUAUUCAAUUUAUUAAAGCAUGGUCUUGAGAAGAGUCUGUCGGAUUGGUUUCCAGCUGCUGGGAGAUUUAUUAUUAAUCCUGAUAAUGGAAAGCUUAAUCUUUUAUGCGACAAUAAUUCUGGUGCACUUUUGGUUGAAGCUUUCACUAAAGUUCACAUCUCCGAGCUGGGUGACCUUUCUCAAUAUAAUGAAUUCUAUGAGAGGUUGGUGGUUAGCUCUCCCUUCUCACCUGCCAAUAUAUCUGAGAUGCCUCUUCUUGUUGCCCAGGUGACUAAAUUUGGUUGUGGAGGGUAUUCAGUGGGAAUCGGAACAAGCCAUUCUAUAUUUGAUGGGGCGGCAAAUUUCAACUUCAUUAAAGCAUGGGCUCAUAAUACAGCUGGAAGAGCAUCAAAAGAGGAGUUAGAGUUCUCAUGGUUUAAACCAGUUCAUGAGAGAGGAAGACUUCUUGUAGCCAGCAAGGGACAUGGAAAAGAGAAGAAGCUGCAAGCUGAAACUCAAGGCAACAUUAUGACGACGAGGGUGAUAGCAUUUGAUCAUUUACACCAACUCAUUAUGCAGACUUCAAGCUCCUUAAAAUCACCAGUGGAUCCUUAUAAUAGGAGUACUUCAAGUGCUCAACAGGAAGAGUUUGUUCUUAAAACUUUUAGUCUGAGUGGUACUAUGGUGGAAAAACUCAAGAGAGAGGUAGCUGGUGGAAGUAAGUUUGAUGGUGGUUCUUGCUCUUCAUUUGAGGUUGUUGUAGCGCAUCUAUGGAAGGCCAGGACAAAAGCCCUUGGAAUUGCAAAGGAGAGGAUGGUAUGCCUCCAAUUCACUGUGGACAUCAGAAACAAGAUGGAUCCUCCUCUCCCCCAAUCCUUCUCAGGCAAUGCAUUUGUGCUCUGCUCUGUUGCAUCCACAGCAGGUGAGAUCAUAAACAUAAAACUUACAACUCUUGUGGAGAAGAUAAAAGAGGCAAAGUUAGUUGUAACUGAAGAAUACAUACAAGCUUACCUAAAGGCUCUUGAGGCUCCCCAAGGUGAGCUUCCUCCAUUGCCAGAGCUCACAAUGGUCUCCGACUGGCAGCGAAUGCCGUACCAUCAGGUGGAUUUCUGUGGGCGCGGUGGAGCCAUUUAUGUGUCACCGCUCGGCUCGCCAGUCAGCGUCGCCUUCUUCAUGCAGAGGCCAGGAGAUGUGGGAGGGGUGGAUGUGAGAAUUGGAUUGCCGAAGUACAGUCUGCUUGCUUUCAGCCACCAUUUCAUUCGAGCAUUGUGAAGAAAAUUAUGGUGGUUAUCUGCUUUAUCUGCUUUGUCAUAAAAUAAAGGCAACAAAACAGGUUAAGAGUAGUAAUGUGAAAGCUUUAUGACAGUUUGGAUUCUGAUUGUUGCAUUUCAAUUUGAUUGUAUGACACUACUAUGCAUGGUUUCUCCUAAUGAAUAAAAUGAGUUGUGAUGUAUACCAAACCAUGUAGAAUAAAUUGAGUUGUGAUAUAUCACAAUUUUGACUGAAAAUACAAAGACGACAGCAACAACAAGAAGCCUUUAUCAUACUAAAUGGGGUCGGCUACAUGAAUCUUUUUUCUUCAUUGAGUCCUAUUGAGCGUCAUA